CUUAUGGACAGGAGGUAUAUUCACUUGGCUAACACAGACAGUCCAGACUAGUAAUAGAACUAAAAUAAGGAAACUCGGAAUAAAAUUAAGGCAUAAUCCCAACCUGGUACACAUACUACGGGAGCUCCGUUUUCAUUGUACAUAACUUCUAUUUCAAUUUAUAUAAUCCAUAGCAUAUUUUCCAACAUUUCACAUGAGUUUAAAAGUCAUAAUAUCUGCAUAGUUGACGUUCAAAUUUUUUCUCCGAACAUAGGUUAAAUUGGUCACGGUUAUGUAGUGAGGUAUUACGCAAUAUUCUGCUACGCAAUAUUCUUUGCGAUCUAACUUAUAUUAUUGUUUUCAGUUUCCAGGUUUCCUUUUAUAUAUUCUAGUAUUGCUAGAAGUUUUCUUGGAUUUGUGAACAUUCAGUUGACGUUAAGUACAAGCAGGGGUUUGAUCAAAUUCUACGACUUUGCAAACUUCAGUUUUUGCUUUUAAUAGAAAUGGAACCCGUAGCUAUUGCCCGAAUAACAGAUCAGGGAAAAUUUAUUGUUGAUGAUGAUAAACUGGUUGAAAUAUUCGGGUCACUUGAAGAUAAAGAUCUAUCAAUCAUUUCUGUCGCUGGUUCAUACAGAACUGGGAAAUCGUUCAUGCUGAACUUUUUUAUUCGAUAUCUUCGUGAACACGGGUGGGAAAAUAGCAAUUGGCUAGGAUCUGAUGAUAAAAAAUUACAAGAUGGUUUUGAUUGGAAACGAGGUUCAGAUCCUCAUACAAAGGGAAUCAAUGUUUGGCCAGAAGUAUUUGACGUUCCUUUGGAAAAUGGAAAAAAGGUUUCAGUGAUGAUUGUAGACACUCAAGGUCUGUUUGACAAUGAUAACACGCCAGAUACCAAUGCUAAAAUCAUGUCAAUCAGCACUUUACUUUGCUCGCAUCAAAUCUUGAAUAUCCAAAACCGUCUUCAGGAAAGAGAUCUGGAACAUUUGCAGCUUUCUGUAGAAUACGCCUGCGCUGCUGUUGGCCUCCAGGGAGAAAAAGAUAAAAGAGGGAAACAAAGAACAACCUUUCAGAAAUUGACAUUUCUGAUACGAGACUGGGUUAACGAUGACGAAUACCCAUAUGGGAAUGGAGGAGACAAGUACUUGGAUAAAAUAUUAAAAGCGAAAUCAAAAUCAAAAACCGUAAAUGAUGUGAAGGAGUCUGUGCAUCGCGCUUUUAACGAAGUCAAAGGCUUCCUCAUGCCGCCACCAGGAAAAAAGGUUUCCAAAGGAGAAAAGUCAACCCUUACAAAUAGAGAUAUCAAACAAAUUUUCCGUGAUUACACAAUGCAACUAACUGAAGCUACAUUGCAUCCAAGAAAUCUGAUUAUGAAACAAAUGUUUGGGAAGCCUAUCUCUGCUAGUGCGUUGAUGAAUCUUCUUGCAGCAGUCAGUAAUUCAUUUAGAGAUGGAAAGCUUCCAGAAAUCGGGACAAUGCUCGAAAACACAGUUCGAGCCAAUAAUGAUGAAGCUGUUCAAAGCGCUGUACGCCGAUACAAAGAAAAGAUGGCAGAACUUGUUCAAGGCGAAAUUUCCACACCUGAUGUUCUUCGUGAUUUUCACAAGAAUGCAGUUGGCGAAGCCACGAUAACAUUUUAUGAAAUAUCAACAUUGGGAGAAGAGAGUGAUAGAGAUAAAGCACAUCAACAUGCAAUAAAAGAAUGUGAAGACUAUUACAGAAUUGUGGAGCAGGAGAAUGAAACAAGAAAGUCCAAAGUAAUAGAAGAAAUCAACAACUUAUCAUCCGCCAUGGAAACCCAGUACAUGGUGACAAUGAGAGAUCAUGAUCUCACAAAACUCUCAGAAGAAGAUCUUGAAAGAAUAAACAUGACAUUAGGUGAAUCAAUAUUGCUGGAAUUUAAUAGGCAAACUGCAGAUUACCUACAAGCAAUGCCGAGUGAGGUCAAGAACAAACGUAAAAUAUUAGAACAACGUCUAUCUACUCAUUACGAAACGUUGGAAAAGGAGAGAUUAUAUAUUGAAAGAAAAAAAGAAUUGGACCAGCAAAUAAAUAAACUAAGAAUCAAUCAAGUAGCAAAUGAUGUUUUAUCAGAUAUUCAGAACGCGUUGUCUCAGUAUGCAAACGAAUACUGCAUGGACAUUCAAAGUAUUCAACAAACCAAGUACAAAAAAUGCUUGGAACAGUAUGAUGCAAUAACAAGGGAAUAUGAUGACGUUACUACAGUGAAAGAGGCUCGUGACAAAUUGAUUGAGAACAUGGAACAAUAUUUUGCGAAUCAUGUGAAGCCUGUCAACAAAAACAACAAGAGACAAUUAGAAUUGAAAUAUCAACAGCACAUUGAAGAUGAAUUGAAUGAAUAUGAUCGGCGGAUGAAAGAGAUUACUUCAGAUGGUAAAUGGAAAAAGAAUAAUGAUUUCUUACAAUCACACAAAGAACACAAAGAAAAAGCUACCAAAGACUUCAAUAGAUUAAUUGCAAAUAUAAAACCAUGUCUUCCAGAUGAGGAUGUGCAAAAAUGCAAAGAAAAAUUGAAUCAUAAAAUGGAAGAGAGAUUCAAUGACAUUCACAAGCAAAACAAUGACAGAAACAGAAAUUUGCAACAAUUGAAGGAGGAAAUGAAAUCAGGUCAAUUUGUUCAGGAAGCAUUUGGGAUUUACGAAACGGGAAUGGAUAAGCUUUUAACCAGUAGUGAAAGCUGCGAUAAUCUACAAACAGAAAACUCAAAAUUUGAAAAGAUGGCUGAAGACAAGUUCAAGGCUCUUUGUUACAGCAUAGGUUGUGACACUACGAAAGGUCUUGGAAAACUAAAAUUAUUGAUGGUUAAAAGAUUUGAUAUAUUCAAGAAAGUAAAUGAAAACAACAAGGAUGCAGCUUUCGAAAAAAAGAAACGCAAAGAAACAACGAAAGGGGUAAAAGAUUACCGCGGCAGUAUGGAAAGGUACAUAUCUCAAAAUUCUCCUCCUCCUCCGGACGACGAAGAUCUCAUAGAAAAGCACGAAGAUCUCAAAGAGAAAGCAGUUGAAGACUUUCGCAAUGCCUUGGGCAAAAACAAUAUAACCAAUGAAGAUAAGGAGGAAUUGGAAAAACAAAUAGAGGAACGGUUUUCAAUAUUCAAGAGUAAGAAUAACACUGAAAAAGAUAGACUGCAGCUUCAGCAACAAGAACACGAGACAAACAAAUCUCAAGUUGAAAAGGCUAGACAUGAAGCAUACAAUAAAUUUGUGAGCAGUAUGCGUAAUCCUACUCAAAGAUAUGUUUCUACAAUCCAAAACUCGUGUACAAAGGAAAAAACAGAGGCAAUAAAAUUGUUUGAUCAAACGACAGAAUCUUUAAAGACAAAGAUGUUCCAAAUUGUGGAGAAGGAAAAGGACACACUGAGCAACGAGAUUGAUGAACAUAUCGUAAUUGUAAAGCAAGGAAAUGAAGAAAAUAAGAAAAACAUGGAACUCAAGCAGAAAAACUUUAUUAAUGGUCUGGCACAAGAGUAUCAAUCAAAAAUGAACGAGGCUCUGAGUAAUGUGGCAACAACUGAAGAAGCUCUGGACAGUUGCGAAAAACAAUUUCUUGAAGAACAGGAGAGUAAACUUAAAGGCUAUCCAGAAUCGGUAUCAAUAGAAGCAGAAGAAAAAAUAAAAGAAAAAACAGAAGAAGCUAAGCGACAAAAUGAAGAGAAUAAAAAACACAGGUCUGUCAAAGUUGAAGAAGAAGGUUUGGGAUGGAAAAUACUUAAAGGGUUUGGCAAAGCCGUGACUUACCCAUUUCGAAAAAUUGGUAAAGGAGUACAGACUGUUUGGAACUAUAUAACUAAAUGAAUUUGAUUAUCGAUCGAAGAAUGACAAGAUUUUGUUUUCUCCUUAUAUAAUUGAGGAGAUCAUGAAAAUAUGGCAGUCAUAUUAGAUAUGUUGUAGAAAGUUGCUUGAUUUUGAUUAUUAAUUGUGUACAUACGUAUAUUCGUGUAUUCUUGCAUAAAAAAGAUAGGCAUUAUGUGUUUUUGUUGUUUUUCGGCCAGUCUGAUUCAUUGAUGGCAUAAAAAAAUUUAGACGCAGAUUGUUUGGGCCAAAAAGAAUAGUUUUAGUUCAGUGGAUAUACUGUGAUUUUGAAUAACAUGAAUUCAGUGAAAAAUUGAUUCAGUAAAUUUUCUCAUGAACAUUCACCAGUAAUUGUAUUGUGACAUCUCACAACACUGCAAUAUUUCCAUUUACAUUUCGAUAAAAUUCAGUGGCUUCGUUUUGUAAUUCUUAUUACUUUCCACUAUAGCAUUUGUUGUAUUGUCAAAUGGGGCAUUUGAAUAACACAUUGAUGCUAGAAUUCAGAAUUCAUUUUUAUCAAUAAUAGUUGCUACUAGAGUUUCAGCAUGUUUAAUUAACAAUUCUA